CUCUUAGGCCGUAGAGGACGAUUGCCGAGCCACGCUUUUCCUCGAUGAGAGGCAUUGCCCUGCAUCAUUCCAGGAGACCUUAGCAAGCAAGACACAGUCUGCUUUAAGCAAAUACAAUGGCUACAGCAACACAAGUAAUUAAAAAUAAAAGGAAACAUGAAGGGAAUGAAAAUGGAGAGACGCUCCAGAAGAUCAACAAGAAGAGGAAAAUUUCUCAGGGCGACGGUUGCCAAAAGGAGCAGAAUGUGGCCGUAUUAAGUAAAGAAAAGAAACCCCGCUUGUCUGUUGCCACGUUUGGGAAAGGCUGUGAAAUCGACUAUGACCAAUUAUUUGAAUUCCUCAAAUACUCUGCUCUAGGAAAACGAUGUGGAGCAACACAGCCCAGCUGGUGCAGGAUUCACCACCGAGGGCAUCUGGCUGGCGUAGUAGUCGUGGUGCUACAUGAAGUGGGGCAGCUUCAUUUUUAUCAGUCCUACCUGCAGUUCAAGCAUCUCCGAAAGACGUUCAGACAUCGCUUCUUGCUACCACCGCUCUCAAAUGAUUUCAUGGAAAAACUGUCUGGAGCAAGAAUGAAGGGCAAUUGUCAGAUCCCCAGCCAAGAGGUGGAGAAGAAUCCCAUCGUUGAAAAAUAUGGAGAAGAGUGUCAGGGGCUCUCCCAUUACCUCCUAACCCCAGAGGAAAUGUGUAGCUACGAUUACCCUCUAGAAGGUUGUGAGAACUGCAGCCAUUUUGUCCCCACCUGUUGCAACAGUCCGGCCACAGACAAAAGCCCCCUCUUUGGGCUGGACUGUGAAAUGUGCCUCACCGAUAAGGGCUCCGAACUCACAAGAAUCUCUGUGGUGGAUUCCAGUGGUCAGUGCAUUAUGGAUGAGUUAGUCAAGCCUAAAUUGCCAAUACGGAAUUACCUCACUAGUUAUUCCGGCAUCACCGAGAAGUUGCUCCUUCCAGUGACAAUCACCCUCGCUGACAUCCAGGCCCGAUUAAGAGACCUGCUCCCUGCUGAUGCGGUUUUAGUGGGUCACUCUUUGAAUUUUGACCUUCGAGCUUUAGAAAUGGUGCAUCCCCAUGUUAUAGACACGUCCCUUCUGUUUGCCAGGAAGGGUGGCAGAAGGUUCAAGCUGAAAUUCUUGGCAGAAGCUGUUUUAGGGAAAGAAAUUCAGCAUGAUGAUGGAGCGGGUCACAAUCCAACAGAAGAUGCUAGGAGUGCUCUAGAACUGGCCCAGUAUUUCAUUGACAAGGGACCUAGGAAGGUUGCGGAGCUGAAUCUGGAGACCCGGUUGGUAGGCCAAAGGCAGGCAGGAAAGGGGAAGAAGAACGGUGUCUUGCCGACGCAGAAGAACAGAGUCCGGAAACGGACAGGAGAACCCAUCCAAAGCCUGUUGGACAUCUUGCGCUCGAUGGAUCAAAAAACUUUGCUUUUGGGAGAAGAGUCUGAAACGGCUUCCUACGACAGCCAGCACCAGGUUCUCCAGAGAGCCUUGGAAGAGGUUCCUAGAUCCUCCUUCAGUGUAGUCCAGUUUGCUUUGGAUUCAAGGCAUGUGACAUCCACUCUCACGGCAGCAGGAGGUUCAAAGAUGAGGCGCAAGCUGGACAGCAUGUUGACAGUCUACGCAGGCCCAUUUGGCAAAGACGUCUGCCUAAAGUCCGUGAAGAGAGCCUUCAAGAGGUACGGCCACAUUCGGUCAAUAAGGAUCAUUCCAGAAACCUUCAAGCCACAUAUCUGCGUCCAGUAUGAAGUGCUUGAGGCCGCCCAGCUUGCUGUGGAUCGUCUGAAUGGAGCAAAAAUUGGAGGAUCUCGAAUCAAAACUGUGGUUCUCUACAACACUGGGACCAAAUUCCAGACAGCCGAAAGUGCCACCGAGGCGCUUGCAGCCCUAGAAGAGCAGACCGCCCGAGGCAGCAAACUGCAGAGCCGGCAGGCCAUCACUUUGCCGUAUCUCCAUCGAUGGACAUCCUCUGUAAACCAAAAUGGCAGCCUCCUUGCGGCUGCACCAUCUCACCUUCACUCUCCCCUCCAGGAGGAAGUUUUAAAGAAAGCAAUGAAGGCAUUUGAUUGUAGAAUCCGAAAGCUGUACCAGCGCCUGCCCAGUCAUACCCUCUGUGUCGUUCUAUUGCCAGGCAAAGACAGGCUUUCCGAAUCUAUCCCUGGUUUUGGACUGCUGGGAAUCAAAGGAGAAAACCAACUUGCCAUCUCUAGCUAGCAUCUGUGGUUGUGAUUUUCAUUGAAGCUUGCAGCCAGGACACCAGCAGUCUAAACGGCCUCCGCCCCAUCACAAUGUAUAUAAGUUUUUU